GGGCGCGAGGCGUGUCGGCGGGAGGGCGGCGGUGCCACGGCCGCCACCGGCCCCAGCCCCUCCUCGGCCUCCGCCGCGGCCGCACCAGCUAUUUUUGCAGGAGAUACAGUCUUUUGGAGAAGACAGAAAAAUAGGAACAGAAACUGGAGUAAUUUGCAGUGCUUAGGACACCUGGAUUGUGUCCCUUAUGAAUGGCUUCCUGAGAAAUCAUCACUGAAUCACUUAAUUCGUUAAUUUGAAAUCUGUAAGGGUAUUUGACCUGCUUUGUUAUUGGUGGCCCUUCUUUAUUCCACUUGUUAAUGUGAAGAGAGAGACACUACUCUCAUCUGAAUAAAGAUGGCAGAAAUCAAUUCUCAUGUAAAUAUCAAGGAAAAGAUCAAUGCAAUCCGAUCAAUUGUUCCGAACAAAAGCAAUAAUGAGAUAGUUCUGGUGUUGCAGCAGUUUGAUAACAAUGUAGACAAGGCUGUUCAAGCUUUCAUGGAUGGCAGCGCAACUCAGGUUCUAAAGGAAUGGAAUAUGACAGGGAAAAAGAAGAACAAUAGGAGGAAAAGAAGCAAAUCUAAACAGCACCAAGGCAAUAAAGAUCCUAAAAACAAGAAUUGUGGACCUGAGAAGGCAUCUCAAGAGCCUCAGCGAAUAAAUGACUGUCAUAUGAAUGGAUGCCCUAAGGACAACUCUGGCCGUGGUUCUGCCAAUCAGAAACUGGAAACCACUUCUCCUGAGAACAAAGGCUCUGGAUUUGCAGGGUCGGCUCUGGACUGUCCAGAAAUCAGAGACAGAGAACGUGAACGCCAGAGAGUAUCUGUGGAAUCAAGCCCAAAGACUGUGAAUGGAGUAGAACAGCAUGAGCCCCUUCAGUCACCAGUUCAACUCCAGUGUAACCUAGGCAGGCCAAAGUCAAAAUCUUCCUCAGUUAAAUCACCCAAUGUGUCAACCCAACUUGAAACAAAGACAGAUGAUUCAGUCAAAAAAAGAGGGCCAAACAUUGAAAAGUCAGUAAAAGACUUGCAGCGUUGCACUGUUUCUCUAACCAGAUAUCGUGUGAUGAUCAAAGAGGAAGUGGAUAAUUCAGUGAAGAAGAUCAAAGCUGCUUUUGCAGAAUUACACAGCUGCAUCGUAGACAAAGAAGUGUCAUUAAUGGCAGAAAUUGAUAAAGUUAAAGAAGAAGCCAUGGAAAUCCUGACUGCUCGGCAGAAGAAAGCAGAGGAGCUGAAGAGACUGGCAGACCUAGCCAGUCAGAUGGCUGAAGCACAACUCUCUGAACUCAGGGCUGAAAUUAAGCACUUUGUGAGUGAGCGGAAAUACGAUGAAGAGCUGGGCAGGUCUGCCCGAUUUUCCUGUGAUACAGAGCAGCUGAAGACCCAGAUACAGCUCUGUGGAGAAAUUUCUCACCCAAAGAACAACUAUUCCUCAAGAACACCAUGUAGUUUACUGCUGUCUUCAAUGACCUCACACGCAACAACUGGCAAGCAAAAUACGCACAACCGAAAGUCCUCUAGUAAUGCCAAGAACUCUGAUAAUAAAACAACCAGCAGUAAAGUACAAAGUUAUCCUUCUUCCAAUCCUACAGAAUCUUCUUCUCAAGGAGUCCCAACAAAUAAGCAGAAUGGGCCUUCUAGCCAGAGACGGAGAUUCAACCCACAGCACCAAAACACACGGCUCAAUGGAUCUCAUAAGUCGCAAGGUGCCAGUAAUGAGGCAGAUCAGAAUACCAAGAGUGGUUCCAGGUCUGAACACAGAAGACAGCAGCAUAACAGCUUUCGAUCUAAAAAUAAAGGAGCUAUGAAAAAUCAAGAGCAGUCUACAACUGCAAGGACCACAGAGAAUCCGACGCCUUUGGAGAAGUCCCGACGGAAGCAUCACACACCAGACACUGCAGAGCAGAGGCCUUUCCAAGGCAGCGUUGGCAGGGUGUCACAAUGCAAUUUAUGUCCUGCAAGGAUGGAGGUCUCUGCUGAUGCCACUGUGCUUUCAGUGCCAGCUGUGACUUUGGUGGCUUAAAAUGUCACAGUGAUGGCAGGCAGAGAAAUUCAAUCUCUUCAUUUUAGUUUGUUGCUCAAAAAGCUUGUUGGUGAAGAAAAUAAGUCAGAACAUAGUCUUUUAAAUCUUUUGCUGCUUAAAACUUGUUGGUAUCUUUAUUACUACUAAUUAUCAAAAUUAAAUCAUACUUUCAAGGCUUUCCCCAAUAUGUUUGCAUUUAUUUUGUCAUGACUGUAUGGAAUCUUACCAAAGCAGCAUUUACUUCUUAGAAAAAUGAAAUCUAGAUUGGAAAGAUAAAUUGGUAAUUAAAUUCAUUCAUAGCAAAAACCUCUUGUAGAUAUGUGGUUAUACCAGUCAACCUCAUUUUUUCAUAGAACAGCCUGUGUUAGAAGGAUCCCAGGAAGUCUGUAUGCUAUGGUCUGCAAUGAAAUCAAAUAAUCUUGUAGAGUUUUUCAGCAAAUCUCUAUACACUUCUUUCUUUCUGUCGUGUAUACAUGUACAUGCAUGCACACUGUAUACACAGAGAGUAUUGUUCUAUACAAGAAGAGUUGAAAAAGCAGUUCAUUUGAUUUUAGCUUAUUAUUCAAUUAUCUGAGAUCUUUAAAUUCAAGUAUAAAUUGUAUUAAAUGUAUUACAUAUUGGUAUUUUUCAUGGACAAACUAUUUUUAUGAGGCUGAGGAAAUAUGCUCAUUUAAGUUUGGAAUGUAUAUAGUAAUGGCUAUUCAGAUGCACAGCCCUGUUCUCCAUCCUUAUCAGCCACUUUUCUAUGACUAGUUGGAUUUAUUUUUUGCAUAUGAAAAGUUGCAGGUCUUCUAGACUUGAAUUCAAAUUAUUUUUCUAUAUUUUUGCUGUAGGAACCAUCUGUCCAUAACAAGAGCUAUGACUAAUAAAUUACUUAGUCUUUAUGUUCUGACUCUGUAUUUCAGAAAACCUGUUUCUUCCAAAUAAUUAAAAUCUUCUUUUUAAAAUA